UAACUUACAGCCUGUAGAUGUUAGCGAUAGAAGAAGCUCAAAUGGAGGGUGGACGAGUGAAGAAGCUCAUAGAGGAGCUUGUGAAGUGUGAGGUGUACGAGGAAACUGUCUGGAUAACCAUUGGACUUUUCAGUUCCAUGCAGGUUUUAGUGAGUGGAGCCCCUGUUCCUGUUAAAGAACGUGUCCAGCUGGUUCUGUCGAGACUUGUUACUCUUAGUGAGGAUGUAGACCGGUCAAGUGCAAUAGAUGAGAGUAGCCGUACUAACCUGGUAGAGAUAGCAAAGUCUCUGGGGGCGGUUUCAGAGACACUGGUGAACUGGUACACUAACAAGAGACUGAGACAGGAGAGCGAGGGGGGCUCUGAGAGGGGGGUCCCUCUCCAGGAGGUGGACCUUGUCAGGAAGUUCUCGAACUUUCUUACGAGGAGGAGCCCGCGAGUUUACCUCCCCACUUUGAGCAAUCCUGAUACAGUACUGGAGAUGGCGUAUGCUUUGUUCUGCAAGUCCCACCACACUCUACUGACAGAGUACAAACAAACAGUACACAUCCUGGCACCCGCCCAACAAAGUGAACAAGUUGUUCGUAUCCUGGUAACGGCGUCCUCUCUCCUGGACAUUGAGGAUAGGUUGUUCGUCAAUAGGUUUCCUUAUCGUGCCCAGGUGUUUUCCUUUACGGAGAAGCUAGUGCGCUAUUUCCGUAACAAGAACGUCCCUGGGAGUGACUCUGAGAGUGACUCGAAUGUGGUGUCAGUUCUUUCAGCUCUCUUAGAGGCAGUAAGUGAGUUGGUGUCGGCAUGCAGAGAGCGCUUAACAGGGAACAUCUCCCUGAAGCGUGCUGAGUCUAUGGCUCUCAGACCUGGAGGACCUCUACCCACGUGUCUGUUCAACCUCAGAGACAACUCUCAAAACGAGGACUCUGCAACCAUGUCCGUUACGUUAAAGUUUAGGGUGACAAAUUGUGAUGGUAGCAGCGUAGGUUUGGGCAAAAUGGAGGAUAUAGUGUUGGAAACGAUGAGGCUGGCUACAGUAAAGUGCAUCACCAAAAAACUCGGGGUUAAAAUCAGAAGAGACCCUAAAUCUAUCAUGCUCACCAUGGAGGGUGGUGGUGUUAUAUCUGAUAACACGUCUUUAAGAGCAGGAGAUUUGUCUAAGAGGAACUUGUUCAUUUCAAUCAACAGCGGAACUGAACUAGCUGGCACUAGCUUAACUGCGCUAAAUGUUACAAGAACCACCUUCGCAAAAGCAGUUAAAGAUUUCGAAGCAGCGGGUUCCCAUAAUCUGAGUUUAUCUAUUGGAGAUAUAGUUCAAGUAACGGAUAAAACAAGCAAUGUUUGGUGGGAGGGUAUCUGUAAUAAGAGAUCAGGAACAUUCCCACCUUCCUGUGUUAAGGACAUGAGUGACGAAGAAGCUAUCGAAACGUUAUUGCUACUGAACGGAACGAGCUCUUCUACUUCACACCUCACCUCUACCCCAGAACACAGUUCCAAAAGGUUCCCUGAAGCAGAGUCUCCUAAGCGAACUCCUAAACGUGCUCCAAACAGUACUACUCCUGAAUCCAAGACACCUAGAUGGAGGGGAAGAUUUGUUCGGAACAGUGACGAUAACACUCCUCGGCAAGAUACUCAAGCCUAAUAAAAUACAGGGCAGUAUAAAGGAAGGAGUGGUGAAGAAGGAGUCCUCCGGUGGAAAGUUUUGGAACAGUAGGUACCUGGUGCUGCACUCAGACAGGGCUGUGUAUUACAGAUCUGUGGAGGCUAAACCUCCCCCCGCUGGAAUAAUAUGUUUUAGUGACUUGGCUUUCGCUGCAGUUUCAACAAAAAUAUCUGGCCCCUGUUUAACUCUACAAGGAAAGCCAGGUAAACGCUCAUACCACCUCAUGACUCCACACCGGCAAGAAAUGAACGAUUGGAUCCAAAAAAUAAACCAAGCUCUCCGGGUCGACAUGAAGGAGAGAGCGCGGAGCUGAAAGGGUAGACAGAACGAGGAGUCUGUCGUUCGAGGGCUCUGUGAAACUCACUGCUGCUGCUUCUUGUUUUGAAUAUCUUAUCUCUAAUAACAGGUACAAGAGUAAGAACCUACUACGAGCGUCAGGAAAUGAUCGUGAAGUAAAGCAGUGUGUGAAGCUGUUGGAGAGGGGUGUAAUGCCGGAUAUAGAGCUCAUACCCCGACCUCACACUAUAGUGGCAUUCCUUAAAGCUAUCUUACGGAGGACAGAUGACAGGUUAUCAGCCCUAGUAUCUACUGAAGUUUCCCGCUGUCUUCAAGACAGGAUAAUGGCCACUACAACCUCGGAAGAAGCGGUGAAAGAGAUUAGAAAACUUCUGGAUUUGGAGCCCAACAAGUUCAAUGUUCUGAGGAGUGCUGUAAAGUUCUUCUCUCUUGCUCUAACGUGUCACGAGGAUAACAGUGUCACGUUGCUAGAUCUCUCCAGAACAUUCGGAGUCCUUCUGUUUGAGGGGAGGGAUGUAGAGGGAGCCCAGCUGAUCCUCCAGUUCCUCGUCAGUCACCAGCUCCUGGUAUUCUCUACACAGGAUCAGGAUGCGGGAGAGGGGGCUUCAUCUGAGUGCGGGAGUGGAAGAGGGGCUUCAUCUGGGUGAGGGAGUGGAAGAGGGGGCUUCAUCUGGGUGAUGGAGCGGAAGAGGGGGCUUCAUCUGGGUGAGGGAGUGGAAGAGGGGGCUUCAUCUGUGUGAGGAGAAUAUUCCACUAAACUAUCAAUGUUUUACUGCUAGUGUUAAUUUUUUGAUUUAUUCAUUUCAAAGUUACAAAUAUAUUUUUAAUUCAGAAAGAAAAUACAUAUUUUAUAUUUUCAAAAGACAUACGUGAUGGGAAUCUUUUUGAGAUGAGGAUUGAGAAUUUAAUGUUUUAGAUAUCAUUUUGAAAAAUAGAAACUUCGUAAUUUAAUUUUUAUUCUUUUUAAAUAUUUCCAAUUUUGCGUUUUCAGAAUGCGUUUAAUGCUUUCAUAAAAUUCAAUUUUGCACUACUUCAGUGUUUUUGUUGUGUUUAAAUGAACAAGGCAGAAAAUUAGUUUUGUGUACAAAAUGUCAAAUAUAAUAUUAUCAAUCCUUUAAAUAGGUAUUUACAUGCUUCUCUACAUAAAUCAAUUAAAAAAGUUUUGAUUCCAGCUUACUUAGCUGUUAAAGAAUCAAAAGCUGUUAUUUGAAAUUAAAGAACGGAAUUGAAAUAAUUGUUUGGUUUUCAGCAAUUCUC